AUGCUAGCCCAUGAGCGACGCAUAGUCCAUGAAGUAAUGCACACUUCUAAGUCCAUACAUUUGUUAUACCAAGGGAUCCGCUUAGAACGGAUCGUUUGCCAAAUCUUAAGAUCCUCUUGGGAGCACGAACAGACUUUGGUAAUUAUUGGAGCCCCCGAAACGUUUAUCAACCGUGUAAUUGCUAAAGAGGCCGAAAAUCCAGCCGCCGAAAUCAUUAAUACUACUAAUUCUCCAGUUGAGCUCAGUAGUGCAAAUCAAACAAUUGAAAUUAGUCCCACCAAGACGGCCACUAAGAGUACCAAACAACCAGCAAAAAAGAAGCCCACCAAUCGAGUCAAUACCAAAUCAACUCAAUCCAAUCCCAACCCAACUCAAUCCCAACUUAACACUACUCUAACUAACGUCAAGACAAAACAGCGCAAACUUCCUAAUCUCAAGCGAACUAACAAGAGUCGUAAUCUGGAGAGUGGGUUUAAUGAUAGGAAACGGGCUAGAAUGUAUUUAGAGGGUGGAACACUGUUCACUUCAGAAGUUGGCUUUUUAUCUGACUUAUUAAAGGGUCGUGUGCCUGAAGAUAAAGUGCGAGUGGUUUAUUUACUUGGUGGAGGAUGCUUGAACUCUUCACGUACUAAUCGUGAGUUUAUCCUCUUUGGAAUGAAGUCAUGGUUCAAUGUUCUGAUGGUUUAUGAUGAAGAGUACUCCUUUGCUGAGGUAGUUAAACAAGGCGGAUUUAGUGGGCCAAGUAUCUUUCUUUAUCCUUUCUUUAGGAGAUGUGUGAUGAAAUCCUUUGAUGAUUUUGAUGUUACUGAAAUAGAGUCCCCAAUGGACUCAGGCCGACUAGCUAUGCAAACGGACAUUCUAGAGCUAAGUCGGAAGCUAGAACAACUGCCGGAAGUUACUAAAUAUGACCGAUAUAUUUGGCGGAUGAAAGCCCAUCUUAAACAAGCCAUCACUUAUCUAUUCAACACAGAUAUUGCUUUAUUCAAGGCAUACUUCAUUCGGAUCACGUCGGUUGAGUACAGCACUGAAAUCCUCGAAAACUUCUACGGCGCCAGUGAAACACCAGGUGAGUGCGAAACUAAGUACCGCCACCUGCUUACUUGGCUCAUGCACGACUCCAUUGAAGAAAUCACUCAAAUUGCCGAACAUCUAGCCCAGGAAGAAACACAGCCUCCUAAGCUGCGGCUACUUAAAGACCUACUAAAAGCCAAACCAGAAGCCACCAUCUCAGUUCUUGGGUACAAUCUUUUUGAUAUGCCUUUUACCGGUCUAGAUACUCCCAUCCAUCACUCCUCUUAUCUCAUAUCUGAAAUCAACCGAAUUGCAUUUCAACCCCACCCCCAUCUUGUACUCCUAAACUAUAACAUCAGUCUUCUUCGCCGGAUCAAACUACUUCGCAAGAAAUGGAUUAAAACCGGCGCCAACAUUGAAAUCGUCAUUAUUUCUAUUAAAGACUCCGCCGAGAAUCUCUUUAUCCUCGAAGAGAUCAAAAACGAGAAAGAUCGCUUUAUCUCCGCCAUUGGGCUUAAAAAGAACCGUCCAGCCCAUAUUGUCCACGAACCUUUCAUGGUUACAUCCAACAAUCCUGCCGCUCCUUCCCUCUCAAUUGAUGUCCGAGAAAUGCGCUCAACUCUUCCUCUCCAUCUGGCCAAACGGUUCUCAGGCGACCUUAAUUUUGACUUCACCUUCUUGCUCAUGGGCGAUUACGUUCUUAAUGGGACCUACUUCAUUGAAAGAAAGUCCAUUCCCGACUUAAUCAGCUCAUUCCGCACUGGCCGUCUCUUCAAACAACUAGAAGCCAUUAUCUGUGCCCAAGAAGAGGCCUAUCUGCUUAUUGAGUUCCCUGAAAACGAUAAGAUCAGUUUAUAUGCAUAUGUGCAAAGCCGACAACUUGACAUCGAUCUUAUCUACCGCCUAACCUCUCUACUUCGCAGUUUAAAACAAGUCCAUCUUUAUUUCUCUAACUCUAACUCUCUUUCCGCCGCCCUCAUCAAAUACCUCUCUCGCAAGCCAGCUUCGGCCCUUAGCACUCCAGCUGCUUCCUCACACGGUCAUCUUGAAUGCCUUCUUUCUCUUCCCGGUGUUGAUCGCUCCAAUAUUCAUCUUUUAUUCCAGAACUUCAACUCCCUCUACGAUCUUAUUCAAGCCGAUCUCUUCCAGCUAGUUCUUGCUCUUGGUCCAGAUCUAGGCCACCAAAUCUUCGAUUUCUUUAAUGAGCCCAUCCAAUCGUAG